UGGGGCAAGAGUUCUAAAAGAAAAAAACUGAGCCGAACCGUGAAUCUUCGCUCCCGUGGCUCGCGGGGAGCGGCGCCGCUGGUAGCCCCACGGAUCCAGGGAGCAGCCGCCGCCGCCAUGUCCGGUUGCCCCUGCUCCACCUCCAUCUCCUCCUCUCCACUCUCCCUCCUGCCUUCCAGUUCCGUCCCCUCUACUCCGAGAUGCAGUAGGGUCGCCUUCUCCUCCUCGUGCGGCCCACGGAGGAGCGGGAUGCGACCGAGAGGCACGCGCGAUUGCAGCAGCAAGGAUGAGAAGGCGGAGGCUGAGGAGAAGGAGGGAGAGCCGGCGUUCAACCUGUUCGGGUUCGUGGAGUCGUGGAGCCGCAGCGCCAUCCAGGUGCCGUGGAGUCGCCCGCUCAGGACGGCAAUGUCGGCCAGAUGCUCUACACGACAGAGGACAAAGAGAGGGAGUAUGGCAGCAAUAGCGUGAGAUGAGGAGAGCUGGGAUGGUUCGUGAGGGAAACAGGUAAUUUGCUUUUUGUUUUGACAGUAGGAAACAGAUAAUUUGCUUGCUCAUCCUUGUGACGUGGAGACUUUCCUAGGGUAACAUUUGUAUCCGGAGGGGGUAGUGCUGCACCAUGCGAUCGAUUGUGACGGACCUUUGUGGAGCUUAAACUUGAAACUGUUGAUCUUUUUUUUUCUAAUGCAAUUUAUGUAUGAUGUAACCCUCACUUUCGGCAAUGAAACGCGAAAACAAACUUGUUGCUGCAUGCUUUCGAUGCUGGUAUAAAACUGAUGUUUUAGUCUGUAAUCUUUGUCAGCUGUGUCACGCCCUUCAAUGUUUAAGAAUCAUCAGAAUACUUGCUCCAUGUUCUGUAAACACAAUCCUUGGCUUGUUAGUUAUCAUACAGUUCGCAAUACAAUUGUAGGUUCUCCUGAUCCACGUGAGAUGACAGACUGGAUAUGGGUUCGAUUCAAAGGUUCUUAUGGUUUGACAUGGGCAUUGAAGAACUCGAGCAAACUUCUUAAGGUAGCAAUUCUUAACCGCCCACUUACUGUUUCUUCUCCAGUGCCUGGAGUCUUAAAGCAGCUCAGGUUACCACUUUUUGGCGAAUUUACCUGCCAAAAUGCUAUUUUGGCCGAGAGAUUCAUUGAAGCAGGUCUGGAUAGGGCACGAUUGAAAAGCAGAUGAGAUGCGAGCUUGGCUUCUGCAAUCAUGAAGAUAUAUCAGAAAAUUGCAAGGUUCGCUUCAGUAAAUACCUGAGUGCAGAACCGGUAGAUGGAGUUUUGACGUGUGUGGAGCAGGGGCGAACGGCGGAUGGUGUGUCGGCGAAGUCUGUGGAGGUGACAUUGGAUAGUUCCCAGAAGCAUUGUGUGGUGGUGCGCAAGCUUGAUCAAGUCGACAGCCAACUCGAUGCCGCGGCAGGCUACCUAGAAGACGUCCUUGUGGUGUUGCACGCGUACAGUGGGCUCGGCGGUGAGAACGGCGGCAAUCUGGGAGUGCCCGUAUUCGGAUCACACGGCUCGGCUCUCAUCCCCAAUGGCCUCCUUGCGGUGUCGUGCACGUCCGGCGCACUUGACAGUGAGGACGGCGGUGAUUUGGAAGUGCCCUUGGUUGGAUCAUACGGCUCAGCUCCUACCCCAAACGGCCUAUUCAUGCUUCUGCAUGUGCUCAUGGCCUCUGGCGAUGGCUGACGCGGGUGCUUCUUGGUUUCCCCGAUCUGUGGCCGAGCAAAGGCGCGCGAGAGAGAUCGGGAGUGCCUUUUGUCUUCCCCAAUCUGCUGCCGAGCAGAGGCGCACGAGAGAGAUCGGGGGUGCUUUUUUGUUUCCCUGAUGUGCGACCGAGCGGAGGUGAGAGAGAGAGAGAGAUCGAUCGGGAGAGAAAGAGGCCGGAUUGAGAAAAUUUUGGGUUCCUUCACGUAUAUAUAUUUUUUUGGCAGCAAUUUUUUCACGUACAUAUUGUAUAAGGAGCCUACACCUUUUUUUUUUAACAUAAACCUGUGCCAACACUUUUUCCUUCUCGGUUUUCUUUCCUUUUGUGCGUACAUAUUUUGUUUCCUGUUUUCUUUACGUACAGUGAAAGGAGGUGAUGAGGUUUUUUAGUACAAACUCUUAUGUGGAUCUACUUUUAAAAUUUAAAUCUCAACCGUCAAACUUUAUGGUUAAUACAAAGUCAACAGAUAUAAAAGGGUGACGUCACUACUGGAAUCGACGGCUUUGCCAAGUGCCGUAAACACUCGGCGAAGGCCC